UUGUAAAACACCAGUUUGGUGUUCUUGUUUGGUUGGAAGUAAAUCCUGCACCCACAUCAGGCCUUUGUGGAAUAUGUUGGAGACUCGAUGUAAAUGAGUGCCAUGCAAGCGACUUACCAACAUAGAAUUCAGGAAUGUUGAGCACACUCCUCCUGCGGAUCAUGUCUUUCCUCUCCAUGUAAAACUUUAGCGGAUUUGUCCUCUGACGGGGAGGAAUGAAUUCUGGGCUCAGGUACCUAACAAAUAGAGCCAACAAAUGCAUGUCAAGGUGUCAGGAAGCUUGCAGAGGAGGGCAAUAGUCCUCCAGGUGGGCCAGCACCUCCACCACCACAGUUCAAAGAAAGCAAGAAAAAAAUGCGUGCAGCUGCACCCUGGAGGAGGAGGAAGAAGCGCCUCCAUCCCGAUCCCACGAGUUUUUGCAGCGUGCUCGGGGGGCAUUGAACGUCUCUUGUGCGCCACUCGGAGCCUACUGGUCCGCGGCUGCUGCUUCUAUUUCCGAUGUGGACUUUCUGAUGCCAAGCGGGACCUGACAUGCACCUUUGAGGCUUCAAGGAUGUUCCACCUCGAUGGGACUCUGUCAGCCGUCACUAAUGCGCUCCUGUUGGGAAUAACUUGUCUGACCGUCGUCUGUGAUUUCUCUAAAGGCAACUCCGACUUCUCAGGUUACUUGUCCAAAGUGUUGAAGAACUACACAGAGCAGGCCUGUGACGGAGAACUCCUGUCCGUUCGCUGCCCGCCACGCACCACAAUCACAGUCCAAUCAGCUUUUUACGGAAGGAAAGGCGCCUCCGACAUCUAUCAGUGCCCUCAGAGCUACCAGGCUCUCCUCGGUUAUUAUGACGCUCUGGGGGAUGAGUACUGUUCUGUCUCCACUGCACUACAGAAAAUGCUGGACGAAUGCCAAGACAGAAGGAGCUGUCAAGUGCUUGUCAACAGCCGCGUGUUUGGGAUUGACCAGUGUCCCGGCAGCAGCAAAUACCUCACAGUGUUGUACAAGUGCAGACCUAAUGAAUAUAAGAGCAAAGUGGUGUGUGAAGAGGACAGGAUGAGGCUGAGCUGCAAACGAGGAAUGCAGAUCGCGGUCUACUCUGCCAUGUAUGGUCGCACCCAACAGGGCACCCUAGAAUGUCCUCUGCAUCACAGGAGAGCUCCAUCAGUGGAUUGCCAGUCAUCCAUUGCCCUUCAGCUUGUGACCUCUCGCUGCCAGGCCAAGAAAAGCUGCGUAGUUCGAGCCUCCUCCAGGGAGUUCGGGGAUCCCUGCUACUCUGGCACCAGAAAGUACCUCAGUGUCAUCUACACUUGUGUCCCAAAGAAGUUGCUCCAAGAUCAAAGCUCCAUACCACCAGCCUACUCCCCACCACCCAGCGCCCAUGACCCCAACAUAGUGGGAGACAGCCCUCCUGAGGGGACCUCGGUUAAACGCCCAAACACUGUUUCAGACCGGAAGCGCAUCAGGGAGACCAGCUCCAACCAGGAGAAAUAUCCAGAGGUCGGAAGAGGGGGAGGCGAGACUCCGAGGCCCCCGGAGAUGAAUCCCAUUAUCAACUCCAAUGCCAGCAUGUCCCUCAUUAGCAACGCACUGGCAGCCUACACAUAUGUUUCAAACCACCCAGAGAGGGCGGCGCUCUUCUUUGUCUGUGGCGUCUGUCUGGGCCUCUUCCUCACCCUCUUCGCACUGGUGGUCCAGAUCUCCUGUCGCACCGACUGUCAACCCCGACGGCAGCCCACCGCCAAGAAACGCGCGCGCCCCGCCGAUUCGUCGUCGGACUCCAGCGACUCCGACUCAGACUGGGACGCCAACUCGGACCUUUCGGCACGACGGCACCGGAGGUUCGAGCGCACACUCAACAUGAAUGUGUUCACGUCGGCGGAAGAGUUAGAGCGAGCGCAGAGGCUUGAGGAGCGGGAACGGAUCAUUAGAGAGAUCUGGAUGAACGGGCAGCCCGACGUCCCUGGAACAAGAAGUCUCAAUCGGUAUUACUGACGACCGUUUCGGAUGAAACAUUUACUUGAACAAGACUUAGGAUGGCUCGCACCUGUCAACCAGCAAGGGGGUACUGCAGACUUGAAAGCCCUCUGAGGUCAGCCUUCUCCUUUGGGUAUCAUAAGUUUUACCCCAUCUGUAGGAGUGUUUUUUUUCCCCCCCUAUGCCUGUCAGCUGGAGCGUACUGACGGAAGCGAGGGGGUGAAAGGCUAAACUGCCUCGUCUGAGACCUCAGAAGGCCUUUUUUUUUUAUGGUUUUUAUCUGCAUUGGACCCAUACAGGCCAGCGGAGACUUCCCGGUGAUUAAAGGAGCGAGGCCUCAGGCAGCUGCAACACUUGGAACUUUAGCCAACAUUCAAGCCCAAGAAGUGUACAGCACAAUCUUUUUUUCUCCACAGAGGAAGCUGUCUUUCAUAAAACCAAAAGAUAUUUCCUUUUGCCCCUUCAACGCUUAUGAAAUCUAUUUUAUAAUAUUUAAUAGUUUAUUGAUGUUUGUGUAUUUUUGUUCUCAUGUAUGGUUUAUUGUGAGAUAUUUUUAUACUUGGCAAAGGUUGUCCGGCGCCUCAGGGAUACAAUCCUACAGUGUCUGUUUGGUUUUGCCUUCCAAGAGGGGGGGCAUCCGCCCUUUUUUAAAUCAUGUACAAUGGCAUUUAAAGAGAAAAUAUAUCAUACAGAGAUCCUCAAAGAGGUUUUUAGUGAUUUAGCCUUAUUUUUGAUACAGUAUGUGGAACUCACAGUGCAGUGCCUUUUUCAAGCUACGAUGCCUCUUACAGACCUGAUCGCUAGAAAGACCAAAUAAGUGAGUGUGUUUUCUGAUAGUUGAGCAAAAGUGAAACCAUAAGUUCAAUCAGACCAUCAAGAAAACAUCCAUCACUGUGAGAUAAGAUUCAAAUCACAUCACCCUUAUUAAGCUAUUAAAAUCCAGUUGUUUUUGCUUCUCUGGUUUCAAGUGUAGAAAUAACAAUAUUUUUCAUUUAAAAAGUUUUUUUUUUUCUUUACUUGAGAGUUGACUAACAGACAACACACCGUACUUAUGAGGAUCACCCAUAUUGGGACAGCCUGUCUAUGCUGUAACAUUUUUAGACCAUUUGUUUUCAUUUGAAGAUGAACACUGCAAUAGCUGACAAACAUAAGACCAAGAGAUGACUCCUGUGUUUGGAAUAAACGGUUCAAAAAUAUUGUGUUCGGAUU